AUGAAUUUUCUAGGAGAUUUAUCUGAGAACGCAUCAUCUCAGAUUUUCCGCAUGCUUCAGAUGCAUGCCGAUCGAGUGAGAGCUCUACGGGAGGAGGAGGCUACCAGUAUUGCCCGUGCAGAGCUUCUGGAGCAAUUAACAGAGAGGCUCUUACGUGGUGACUUCUCUGCUGCCGCUGCUGAGGCUUCGCCGUUGUCAUCUAAUACUUCUUUGGAGGUGUGUGAUUCACCAAGAAAGUUUAAUAAACCCAAUAUCUCUGCGCCUAAUGAGAGAGAGUGGAGCGCUGAAUACUUAGAUGCCGUCUCAUCUGUUUGUACUGAUGAGGACAGAAAACAAAAAGAAGAACCCCAGGAGGAUGAAGAUGGUGAAGAAGAAGAAGAAGCAGAAGAAGCAGAAAAAAAAGACAACCAACAUCCUAUUAUAAGUACAUCCCAAGACUUGUUAAAUGAUAUUCAUACGGAUACAAUAGAGGAUAAAAUCCCAAAGGAUAAAGUGAUGAGAAAUGGAACACCUUCGCCCAUGCGCCGUGAAUUAGAUGCAUUUUUCCCUAUUCUUGCAACGAAGCGACCUCGUCGGACGAAUGCCCCUGAUGAUAUGCACCUUGUUCGUAAACGAAUGGAUAUUACGGCCACCGAUAUUCUGGCAUCUGUGCCGUGUAUUUCCUCAAGAGUUGAGUCAUCAACUAUACAAAAUGAUACCACUAUUUAUAUGAAUGAAACAAAGAGUUAUGUUCGUACUAAUCACAUAAGACAACUUGAUUACGCGGCAGAUGAGGCGAUGCACAUUAGGGAUGAAAAUGCUGCAGUUGAAGUAUGUACACCACCGCCGUAUUGGGAAAUUGCUUUCCCACAAUCACGUCAGACUUAA